CAAGAAACAUAGCAAAUAGUUGUAUAGGGCAUCCUGUUUUGUUUAGCGAUUUUACACUGCAGUUGAGAAACUAACAAAGUUUUAAAAAAAGCCAUGCUUGUUUUGCAAUCAUGCUUGAUGUUGAUUUUUCUUGUGUUUGAGCAUCACUGCCGAGUGGUUACUCUGCAUCCAAAUUGUAGGAACAAUGUGUGUUACUUUGAUUUUGUCGUGGACUACAAAUUUACCAUGAUGUGGUACAAUUACACGAAUCUCCGGGAGCCACAGUUUAAUCCUAUUGUGUUCAAAGACGGGAUCCUACAGCGACGCGUGACUAAUGUGGGGUGUAGGGAGGAAUUCAUUCCACUGACCAGAGAAGAAUUAAAGAACAGAGUGACUGCUGGCGACGGACGAUAUAAACUGGUAUACGCCAUCAACGGAGAAAUACCCGGACCUAAUAUUGUGGUUUUUGAAGACCAAAUUGUUUCUAUCACUGUUCACAACGCCCUGAAAAUAGAGGGUCUCACAAUUCAUUGGCACGGACUGGUUCAGCGUGGUACACCAUGGAUGGACGGACCGGAUAUGAUAUCACAAUGUCCUAUACUUCCGGGCCAAACAUUUGAAUACAGGUUUGUUGCGUCCCCAGCAGGAACACAUUGGUACCAUGGUCAUGUCCACACCUUGAGGUCAGAUGGACUAGCAGGUGCUUUCAUCGUAUUGCCAAGGAUCCGGCCACCUAUUACGACGCCAUCAGAACAAAUUCCUGAAGUAAAAAAAGAGUUUUCGGUGGUGAUAUUUGAUUGGAUGAAAACUACAGCACACGAAAAAUUCCAAGCUAGAAGAGGUGGAUUUGCAGUUUUGGAAGACUACGACGGACAAUGCUUGCCAGCGACGGUUAAUUAUGAUGGGUCCGGCUUUCUGUUCCAAGUUCAUAUUGGUCUGAUCAAUGGAAAAGGUCAGAGGUAUAUUAAUGAUGAUCCGACAUUACCGGAGAGAGAUUAUCUUCCGCUGGAGACGUUUAGCGUAAAACAGAACCAAUAUUAUAGGUUUAGAACCAUCAACGCUGGGUUUGAAUCAGCAUUUGAAAUUUCUGUUGAUGACCAUAUGUUAACCAUUGUUGCGUUCGAUGGUAACAAUGUAGUACCAUAUCAGGCAGAUAUUGUUGUGAUCCAGCCAGGGGAGAGAGUCGAUUUCAUAAUUUUUACCAACAGACCUUCAGAUAAUUACCGAAUAAAUUACCUUACAACUGCCAUAGGAGACUUUAGUGGGCAAACCUUUACCAAUCGUAGGGGUACCUACGCCAUAUUGAACUAUCAGGGAGUUGACGAAAACGCAUCACCCAUCGUCAAAAAAAGAGUCUGCACACCAAUUGUACCUUGCUUAGCUGUCAAUCAAAUAUUCGGCCUCUACCCCGCUGGCAUUAACAUCGUCAGUAUACCAUUAACCAGACUACGAGCCACAAAUUUUGAGAUAAAGAAACAUCCUGUGCCAUUUGUAAAACCUGGGAAACAAAAACAGUUGUUUUUUCUGAACUUCAAUAUUGAUGGAGGUCCAAAUAUCAAUGGACACAGAUUUGUUAAACCAACUUCAGCCAUUCAGACAUACCCUGGUCCCGGUGCCACAAUACCAUGUGGACCCGAUACUUGCAAAGACACGGACUGUUCUUGUACUCACACGCUGAAGUUUGAACUAGGAAAUGUCAUAGAAAUGGUUCUCUUUUCUUUUGGUGGUACUAUUAAAAUUGUUCAUCCUGUUCACUUACAUGGACACCAUUUCCACGUUCUGAAGAUAGCCUAUCCACCUUUCGAUCGUGAAACUGGUAACUCCACUGCCUUUAACUCUGACAUUCGAUGUUUGAAUGAACAAUGUACAAGAGCCGCAUGGGCGGAUCCUUCUUGGACUAACGGGGACAUACCGGGCCUUAAUCUUAUUAAUCCACCGCUUAAGGAUACAAUAAAUGUUCCCGCCAAUGGUUACGUCAUCAUCAGAUUUAUUGCAAAUAAUCCAGGAUAUUGGUUAAUGCAUUGCCAUUUGGCCCAUCACCAGUCUGACGGAAUGAACUUAGUUAUGCAAGAAGGAGAAAUCCAAGAAAUGGCCCCUCUACCACCGAAUUUCCCGACAUGCAAUAACUUUCGAGUUAACCCAAACCAGUUUCUUUCAUCACUCAAAAACCAAGAAAGAAUGCUUUCGUCAAACGGUUUAGGCUCAAGUUUUCCCACGGGAUAGACCUUUGGAGAACCUGGAAUCGUAGCCCAAACACCAACAAAUAAAUAUAAGUGA